GUCACACUCCCACAAUGCUCGCGCGCCCCAUAACUCUGCUGCUGCAGCCUGAGGAGCGCGAGACACUCAGGCCCCGAAAAAAGAAAAAUUAGAGAAAAAAAUUGGAAAAAAAUAAUAAACCAACAGAUCAAGAGGUGAAAGACCGGGGACGGUGGUGUGGGGCUCCCACGGGUGAAGAUAAUGAUGAGCACUAUCAUCAUCUACUCAGCCUCAGUCAUGGCAGGUGGGACUGGAUGAGAGUGUGAAGCAGACAAUUUAGGAGGCUGCAUCCCCUUAAACGUUGCUGUGAUAUCGAACCAGAGCCUGGAAGGCAGGGCAGCCACGGCCGAGUUUCAAUGGCAACGGCACCCUAGGGCUGCCAUGGCAGCAUCUGCCGCCGAUGCCCCACACCAUAUUGCCACACUGACGCUGGAGGACAAGGAACGACGAGGCGCCACCAAAGUGUUUGGAGGUCCCGCUGCAGGGAGGACAGAAAGAGAGGCAGAGAACGAGAAAGAGAGGGAGAGGGACGGGAGAGGCAGUGGGAAAGAGUGUUUGGUGUGCGGUGCCAUCUUCAGCUCACCGGAUAAGCUCCGGCUCCACGUGUUCUGUCACACAGGAGAGAAACCUUUCCACUGUUCCCAGCCCCAUUGCCCUAAGGCUUUCAGCUCCAAAUAUAAGCUCUUUAGGCAUAUGGCCACACACUCCCCACAGAAGACUCAUCAGUGUUCAUUUUGCGAAAAGAUGUUUCACCGCAAAGAUCACCUGAAAAACCAUCUGCAGACUCACGACCCCAAUAAAGAGGCUUUUAAGUGUGAAGAGUGUGGCAAACACUAUAACACAAAGCUGGGCUACAAGCGCCACAUGGCCAUGCACUCAGCCACAGCCGGUGAUCUUACCUGUAAGGUGUGCUUGCAAAACUACGAGAGCACGCCUGCACUCUUGGAGCACCUCAAGAGCCACUCAGGCAAGUCUUCAGGUGGUACCAAGGAGAAGAAACACCCCUGUGACCACUGUGAUCGUCGCUUUUACACCCGAAAGGAUGUUCGCCGACACAUGGUGGUACACACGGGACGCAAAGACUUCCUGUGCCAGUACUGUGCCCAACGUUUCGGGCGAAAGGACCAUCUGACACGUCAUGUAAAGAAGAGCCACUCACAGGAGUUGCUGAAGAUCAAGACAGAGUCUCCAGAUAUGUUAGGUAUACUUGGGUCUGGUUCUCCACCUUGUGCUGUGAAAGAAGAAAUAAGCCCUAUGAUGUGCAGCAUGGGACCCACCAAGGACUCAAUGAUGGCAAAGCCUUUCCAUGGUGCCACCCCUUUUCCCAUGGGCAUGUAUAACCCUCAUCAUCUCCAGGCCAUGUCCAAUCCGGGUGUAGGCCACCAUCACUCACUGGUUCCAGGGUCUUUAUCCAAUUCCAUGGGAAUAGGUUGCCACAUGGAGCCCCCAUCUUCACUGCACCACCAUCACCCACGUCAUCAUCACCUUCACCACCCUCAUCAUCAUCAUCACUCCCCACCUCCACAUCAGCAACAGCCUACCCUACAAAAUCAGCAACAGCAGCACCCUCAGCCACCGACCAAGUACCAGCUCGGAUCUACCUCAUACCUGCUGGAGAAGCCCCUGAAGUUGGAGAUGGAGAGUUUCCUGAUGGAUCUACAGAGUGGACUCCAGGUACCUCCGCCACCCUCAACCGACCCCCACUCAGCAGCAUCGCCCAAUAAGGAGGGUAUGGAACCUUCGGCAGGAUUGUCGGAUGAACUUUGCGGGGACACACUCUUGUCCAAGAGCCCUGCUGUCAUUGAGUCUUUGUGUGCUGCUAACAUGGAUUUUUCUCAUCUUCUGGGCUUUCUUCCACUCAAUCUGCCACCCUACAGUGCCCCCAUGAGUUCAGGAGGACUGGUAAUGGGUUACUCCACCAUUUCUUCUUCCUCAUCAUCGUCAGCAUCUUCGCAUGCUGCCGAACCACAUGCUGCCACAGCAACUGCUGCAGUGCCUCUUACCUCUUUGCAACCUCAACCUCAGGAGCAACCAGGCUCCAGUGGGGGUCUCAGUCUUGGGUCUCUGCACCCACUCCCACCAGUGUUCAGCUCUAGCCUCAGUACGACCACUCUGCCUCGCUUUAACCAGGCCUUUCAAUGAGGUCCCCACCCCAACCCUGGCCUGCCACAGGGCCUCAGGGCAGAGGAGCAUUAGUGGUCCCACUAGGGGUGGGGAGGUAGAACACUUGAACACGUAGAAUCCUUAACAAAAGCGCACAACAGCUUUUAAAUGAGCCUGGAGGAAAACAAGCAUAUGAAAUAUUAUGGAGCUUUUAUUUAGGCUGUCUGAAUUUUAGCUAUGAUUUUUUUUAAUACCCCUUUGAACCUCUCCCACCAUCCCCUCUCCUACAAUUUUGUAGUUAGACAGCAGCAUCAGUAGGCCAUAAGGCAUGGUACUGCAUACUUUAUAAAGUAAUAAUAUUAGUAGAAGAAGAAAAAGAUUAAUGUAGAGAAGUUAAUCUGUCUUUGAGACUCUGAAAGACUAGUUUGAAGUGAUAUAUGAAUUUAGUUUUCUUUUCCAAAUGUGAGGCCUGACUUUGCUCUGUUGUCUCUAUUCUGUUAAGCUUAAAGUCAGGUAAUAGUCGGUUGCCCUUAAACUAAAACCGUCUUCAUGGCCAGGAGUGGAAGAAUUAGUGAAGGAAUGAAGGAGUGAAAUUGGUUGGUUUCUUUUUUUAAGUUUAUAUCUGAUUCAAGACUCAAUCAAAUCCCUAUUAUUACAAAUUCAUAUCGGUAUUUCAAAAGCAGUUUAAAAACAACUACUGUGUACCUGAUUAGAUGAAAAUAUAAUCUAAAAUGCGUUUUUCCAGAACUUCUGGUUACAAAUACAAAUUUACAUUUGUUGGAAUGGUCAAAUAACUAGUUUUUAUGUCAGAGAAGCAGAGGGACUAAAAAUAGAAAGGCAAAGAGGGUUAAAACAACUGCACACUUUGUUCAUUUGGUACAAUGUGAACACUGACAGAACUAAAGCAAAAGAAAUUUACAUUAAAAUCUUACAGGUUUACAAUUUAUUUUAAAAGAAGCACUUUGUUUACAGCAGAAGGCACUUGACCUCUUUGGGUUGCCAAGGUGACCCACUGAAACCCCCUCCCUUUCCCCACUCUACCUUCACACUUCCUGAAAAGAGACUACCAUUAGACACACACACAAAGUUCAAACAUCCUCCAAGUACUUUUGAAUAAUCCACAGCAAUCUGAGUCUCUAAAUGGUUUUCCUCCUUCCAGCACUAAUUUUAAGUCUCCUACAACUAUAUCUCACUUCCACAUUCUUCCCACUAGAUCAUGAUAUAAAAUAUAUGUAUUUUAAGAAUAAAAAAAGAAUUUUAGUCAGGUUUAUAUUUUAGAGAUCAUUACAUUACAUUGUAAUGAGAACCCUGGUAUAUGUGAAUGGAAAAAAGACAAAACAAAAACAAUUUUUUUUGCAGUGUACAAAGUACCACAUCAAAAAUAUAUAUUAUAAUUGCUUCUUAAGUACAUUUUGUAAUUUAGAUAGUUGUAUUAAAAAAAUUGCUGAUGAAUUUAAAAAUAAAUGUCUAGCAGGUUUACAGAAUUAUGUAUCUUGCAUCAUAUUGAACAAAAUGAAGUAUUAGCUUUUCCCUAUAGCUUUUCCUGUUCCUUGUUUUUCCGUGUGAGUCAAAGGAGAUGAAUAGGAUGGGAUUUUACCUGCAUAUAAUAGACUAAUAGUGGCAUAAUCCAGUAGAAUGGACUAGUCUUUAAUCUUUAGAGCAAGUACUAGAGGCCCAAAAUGUGAUCCAGGUUUCAGUUUGCGUGUUUUUUUUCUCAGUAUUCGAUCAGACCUGACUGAUGCAGUCUAUUUGUGUGUUUGGUUGUACAGAGCCUUUGGUUUAACCGCACUGAAAUGUCUGAAACCACAAUUCCAAUUGCUGUAGGUUCAGUUUGGAUUUACAAAAACAUCACAAAAA